UCUUGGUUCAACUACUCUUUCCUAUUUCCACCAAAUGUCAAACGCAAGAUAUUACACAUGGAUGCCAUGGCUCAAAUGUCGCUUGAAUAUGAAGAUGCUUGCGUGAAUCACACUCUGGUUGUGCACGCUCAGCGACUACUAUCAGAUGCGCCACGAAUGGUCCGGAACUUAGAAACCAAUCUACGGACUGCGACAUAUCCGUAUUUAUUACUUGAAAUCAAACGUAUUUCAUUUGUAGAGGAUGCUUGGGAUCAAGUUUCGCGUAAAUGGACAGAUAUCAAGAAACCUCUCAAGGUACGCUUUGUUGAAGGUGGUGAAGAGGGUAUGGACCAGGGCGGAGUACAGAAAGAGUUCUUUGGCGUCCUUUUUGAGAAACUUUUAUCUGCUGAACUGGGGCUAUUCGAGAUGGAUCCCGAAAGUCGUCUGUAUUGGAUCCGCCCCUAUCUGGAUACCGACACUGUCCGACACUACGAGAUGACAGGAGUCAUGAUUGGACUGGCUAUUUACAACGGUAUUAUGAUCAACCUACCCUUUCCAGAUAUCUUUUGGAAAGUGUUGGUAGCACCUACCGAACAGGAGGUCGAUGCACAAGCCGAUAAUCAUUCGCUUUUUACACUUUCUGAUCUUAAUACUGAUUGGCCAAGUCUGGCGUCUGGACUUGAACAGCUCUUACAAUGGCCAGAUGAAGUUCAGGAUGUGUUUGAUCGCAACUAUGAGAUCUCGAUCCAGGUGUUUGGUCAAGGCAUUAUUACAGUUCCCUUGAUUCCUGGAGGAGAAUCAAUACCAGUCACAAAUAACAAUCGAGAAGCGUUUGUUCAAGAUUAUUGUACAUAUUUUAUGUAUCGCGCUCAGCGGGAUGCUAUUCUUGCCCUACGACGUGGUGUCCGGAGCGUUAUCGGUAGUCGUGCUCUUGAUCUUUUUACUGCGGCAGAAAUACAAGUUGUUGCAUGCGGAUUAAGACAAGGACCAGGAAGUCAAGAUCUCUGCAUGGAAGAUCUUGAAAGUGUUACAGACUAUGACGACGGAUACCAUGCAGACCAUCCUACAAUUAGACAAUUCUGGUCAGUAGUACAUAAUUCUCUGAGUCCUGAUCAAAAGAGAGAAUUACUACUGUUUGUAACAGCAAGUGAUCGAGUACCUAUUGGCGGACUUAAGGAACUCUCAUUUAUUAUUCAACGAAAUGGACCAGAUAGUGAUCGUCUACCUACAGCCUUGACAUGCUUUUCCCGCCUUCUUUUACCGGAAUACAGCUCUGAAGAGAAACUAGAAGAGCGGCUAGUAACAGCUAUUGAGAAUGCAAAGGGAUUUGGGCUGGUUUAG